AUGUGCGCAUCCCAACAACGGUACCCAUCAAGUCAGACAGACCUCGACAGCUCGAAGACAUCCUCUGAUCCCGCUACGACCGAUGAUAAGAAACCUCUUUUUGAUGCGAGCCAGGUGACGGUGGUCUUCGUUCUCGGCGGUCCUGGAGCAGGGAAAGGCACACAAUGUGGAAAACUGGUCGACGAUUAUGGAUUCAAGCAUCUCUCGGCUGGCGACCUCCUUCGUGAAGAGCAAUCCAGAGAAGGUUCAGAGCUUGCGGAAAAGAUACAAGAAUGGAUGAAUGAGGGCAAGGUCGUUCCUGUCGAGGUUAUCAUGACUCUGUUGAAAAAAGCGAUGAAAUCCUCUCUUUCCUCCCCACCCUCUUUACCCGGAUGGUCCACCACCCAAGGCCGAUUCCUCAUCGACGGCUUUCCUCGAAAGAUGGACCAAGCGACAGAGUUCGACGCCAACAUCUGCGAAGCCCAAGUCGUACUGUUCUUCGAUACAGAAGAGGAGGUACUGGUGCAGAGGCUGAAGGGAAGGGGGAGAGAGGAUGAUAACGAAGCGAGUAUCAAGAAGAGACUACGUACAUACAAGGAAACAUCACUACCAGUCGUGGUCUUCUACGAAGAGAAGAACAAGGUCCUCAAGAUUGACUGCUCCCCUUCCCCCGACCAAGUUUACAACACAGUCAAAGAAGAGCUUGGCGCACGUAUUCGUUUGGAGAAGUACCGAUAG